AUGCCACUGUCCGACGAAGAAGACAGAGCUCAGGCUUUGUUAGCACUCAGCGUCGCUUUGCUCGAUUCCGCCCUCGAUCUCUUCAUGCAGCAUAGUAUAUCAGAUGCUCAGCUCAAUCAGCCAUCCGUGUUGAUGCCUGGCGGGACGGUCGGCAAACACCUUCGUCAUGUGAUCGAGACCUUUCAAGCAUUCCUCCUCCCAUUGAUACACCCCGAGAGUCAUGCUCAAUCGUCGGAGAUCAAUUACGACACCACCCUUCCGUCUUCGCGCAAAACUUUAGCUCGUUCGGCGGACGCUUGUCAGGCGGCUCUGAGGGCGGUCAGGGAUGACCUUGAAGCAUGGGGGAGAAGCAGUGAUAAUCUGGGCCAAGUAGGGGAUAGUGAGCACGGGAUCCCCGGCGUUGGAGUGGCCGGUGAAACAAAUGUUAGCGGGCUAGCGGCACAAAUGCAGAGGGAGGUCAGAUUGAUUGCUCUGACACCGACAAGGCAAGAAAUAAAGUCCACGUUUGGACGAGAGCUCUGGUUUUGCGCUCUACAUGCUAUCCACCAUUUCAGUAUGCUUCGUACCAUCGCAGUACACGAGUUGAGCAUGGAUCUGCCUCUGGAAUUCGGCACUGCUCCAUCCACUUUGCUGUAUCGGGGCCCAGGCUGGACACCUCCAACAUCAACAUUACCCAAAACAACGACGAACCCCUUCCCCCGUGCCAAGCUGUGAGUUCUCAACGCUCUGUGCAGCCAGUCCGGGGAGACAUCAAACAUGUUGUAGCAAUAUGCAUACGAUCCCUCAUU